AUGGAUGUUGAAGACUUCUACACCAGCGAAUGGGCACAGGUCAAAACACCAUCUUUGUACCAAGGGCAGUUUGUGCUAGUCGGUGAUGCGGGCUAUGCGCCCAAUUCGACAGAAACUGGCACCAAUAUGACCAUUGCUGGUGCCCAUGUCUUGGCGGAGAGAUUAGGAAGCACUGGGGGAAUCUAG